AUGGAUGUUCCACAAGAUGUUGAUGCCGAUUUGGAGAAUCUCAACAAAUGUAUUGCAACUGAGGAACACGAGAUUUUAAUUUCUUCUCUUCGAACAAAGUAUUCAAGAAUCCUGGCUAAGAUUCAAGAGAAAGAAGUCGUCAAUGGCAUCACGCUUCAAAGAGAUAGGUUAGGAGAAGCGCUUCUCCCAGAGGAUAUUCCUCUUUCAAUGAAAACAUCACAGCUUGUAGCGUAUCAAUCGCCUGAAAUUGUGACAAACAGAGAAUAUUAUGCAGAGCAUCCAAAGAUUGAAGAGGCUGUACAUACUAAUACGAUGCGGUACUCUGAAAGUAUGCUGUUCUCUUUGUGUCUGGCACAACUUGGUCCAAGCAACCUCAAGGAUAAGGCAAAUCAUGUGACUGCAAUUGUAGAAGAAGUUCAAGGGGCCACAGUCAAAAAAGAAUGGGCAGGGAUGUUUCACCUCAUGGCUUUAGCCUCAGUAAUGGGGAGACAGAUUUUUUCUGUUUAUCCAAAUACGGCAUCCUCAGUACGAAUUCUGUUGCAUGGUGUCAUAGAACCAAGGGUUAUUAGCCAAGUGAAGUCAAUGCCAACCGUCUUCAUAAUGUGGUCCAGGGAUGGCAACCUUGAUGCGACAAAAGGAGUUUGGUUUCACCCCAACCACUUUAUUCCACUCCUAGAAGUGGAAGGAGAUACUAUCAAGGAAGAAAAAUUUAAAGACCGUGUCUCCACAACACAAGGAAAGAUAACAAGCUUUUUUGGCCCAAACCAAAGCAAGAAAAGGACCCUAACCGAAGAAGACAGUCUUUCAACCUGCGAUGGCGUAAAAUCAGAGACCGAACCAGAGGCACCGAGAAAGAUACAAAAGUCUGAAACUACAAAGGGAAGAAGGGUAACAUGUUCCACAGUGGACAAAUGGAAGAAGAAUGAUUUAGCCAUUUUUGAGGCAGACACUUGGCUGAUUUAUGACGUUGAUAAAUGUGAAAAGGGAAAGUUUUGUUCAACGCUGAAAUGCACUGUCUGUAUCGAGUUUGAACAAGCAAUAAGCAAAAGGCAUAACUUUGCAAGAUCAUGGAUCGAUGGGUCAGUCAAUUUCAAGCUUUCCAAUGUUAUUAACCAUGCGAAAUCAGAGGCGCAUAAUGAAGCCCUGGCUUUGUAUAAGAGAAGAUUGGGUCAAACUGCACCACCCUCAAUGCCUACAGGAAACCAGCGACCUCUAGAGUUCAAACUGAAGUUCUUAUCUUUUCAAGCUGAGGAACUCAAGCAACAGUUGUCAAAAGACAUAGCCAAAACAAAGUUCUAUAGUAUCUUGUUUGAUGGGACAACAGAUAGCUCUAUCACUAAACAAGAAGCCACUUUCGUCCUUUAUUUUGAUCCAGAUGGAGAACCGACAGAUAAUAUUAACCAAGAGCCAGAGAUUGCAGUGAAGACGAGGUACCUCUCUUUACAAUGUCUGUCAAGUUCCACUGCUCAAGGUGUUGUUUAUGGUAUUAAGAACGCUCUUAGUGACCCAUGUCUGAAAGACGUAACAGCCACAACAUCACCAGGACAUGUCAGACUAGGAGGAGAUGGCUACAGUACUAAUACAGGAGAAAAGGGAGGAGUAAAAGCUAUUCUGAAGAAGGAAUAUCUGUGGUUUCUAUUUGUCUGGUGCAUUGCUCAUCGCUUGAAGUUGGCAUUAAAAGAUACUUUUAGUGGCACUUAUUUUAUAGAGAUUGAUGACUGCCUUUUGAAGCUCUACUAUCUGUACGAGAAGAGUCCUAAAAGGCUGCGAAGUCUUCAAGAGCUGAGUAACAUCUACAAAGAUUCACUGGAGUUUGUGGAAGGAUCAGUGAAACCAAAACGUGCGAGUGGGACAAGAUGGAUUAUCCACAAACUUAACGCACUUAAAGUCCUCAUAGAUAAAUUUGGUAUUUUCAUUCAGCAUCUUGAGUCUUGUAGCAGUGACACAUCCGUGAAAGCUGAUGACCAAGCCAAACUCAAAGGAUAUUUAAGGAAAUGGAAGUCAGGAAAACUGUUUAUCUUCUCUUGCUUCUUCGUUGAUCCCUUAGAGACAGCAGCGUGUCUUUCAGCUGCAUUCCAGGAAACAAAAGUUGAUGCUAUGACUGUUUCCCUUGCCAUGGCAAAAGCCAAGAAACAUCUACUCACACUGAAGGAGAGAGAAGUUGACAAGCUAAAAACUGUCAGGUACUAUCUGGCCAAGGUCAACGGUGGCUGUUUUCAGGGGGUGCAAUCGCCGGGCUUAGAUGGUGCAGUUGAUCAGCUCAAGCAACAUGGACAUAAAUUUGUUGAUUUGAUGACUGAGGCUAUUGAAGAACGGUGCAAGGGGACUGACAACAUGAUGGCAAUUGCCAAAGUUUUGAAUUGCGAAGUGUGGACAAGAAUAUAUUCUAUUAGCGAAGAAAUUGACCAAACCGUCUUGAAAGUGUCUGGCCAAUUCCAGGAUGCCUUGAAACAACAUGGUUUUAGCUCAAGUGGUCCUGAUGUGCUAGACGAAUGGCAUGACCUUGUAGAAUACAUGGUUGAAUUCCUUGCGCCAUCUUCACGAAGUUACCGCGCAACUUGGUACAAGCUUUUCCACCUCUCUAUAGGAUCAAAUCGCUGGAGCAAUAUACUGCUUUUGAUAAGACUACUGUUUUGCCUGCCUGUAUCCAGUGCCAUUGUCAAAAGAUUCUUUGGUAGCCUAAAGAGAGUCAAAACAGGUAAAAGAGCAGCCGUAGGACAGAAAACCACAGAAGAUAUCUUGACAAUCAUGACUGAGGGGCCACCACUUGAAGAGUAUGAUGCCACUUCAGCUGUCCUGUCAUGGUACUCGAGCAAGUCAAGAAGAUUAAAUCAGAAGGAAAGGAAGUACUACAAGAAGAGGGAAUCAAGACGACCGAAAAUCUACGAGCCACUCUCAGACUCUGAGUCUGAGCAGGAAGUUGCAGAGCACGAUGAAAAUGCCAUUUUUUCCCAGAGUGAAGAGGAAGAUGAACUCGAAUCAUUUUGAGAACUUUUCUGAGAACUUUUUUGAGACCUCUUUCUUCAUUAUAAUUAUUAUUUGCAGUGAAACUACAUUGCAUUGAUCUAAACUUUUUGUGCCGUUAGAUGAUGAUAAAAAGAAAGUAAACUCAUUGAGGGACUUUAAACAUUGCUUUGUUUUUCCCAGCAUAUCAGUUUGCUAUAAAGGACCGAUAUCAAACAAAAUAUAAUUCAGAGGAGAGUUUCAGUUCAGUAUCAUAACGAAAAACUGUAUUAUGAAGUGGUCAUCGUAGUUUAAGUCAUCUAGUUAAUCAUGACUGAUAAUUAAAAAAUAUAAUUGCAGUUUUGAAUGCUCAGUAUUGAAAAUCAUUAUUCUUACUAAUGAAUUUAUUAUGCUAAUUAAUUAUGCUAAUUAAUGGCCGGUCAAAUUGUUAAGAUGUCCGACCAAAAUGAAGAUUUGAAAGGACAUAUGUCCUGUUAAAGGAGAAAAAUUAUUUCCAGCACUGGCAGCUGGAAGAGUGGGCGACUAUGACAAGGGUGAGGCCACAAGGCCCUUCAUCCCAGGAGGUUCAGGGGCAUGUCCCCCCUCCCCCAGAAAAUUUUGAAAAGUACAAUGUAGAAGAAAGGAAAUGCCAUUUUCAGCAGCUCAAAGUUAAAUAUUGAUCUAUCAAUGGCAUAACUUUAUUGAUUUUCUUAGGUGGUGUACAGUGGGCCAUGAUCUCCCAUCUUAUCUGUCAAAUCAGCCACUUGUAGUUCAGUUAAACUAAACAACAAAGUAAUCAUAUGGGCAAAUGAACAAUAACAUCUGACAACAUGACUCUGAUUACUUGUGUGCAUUGGUUGAAUUUUUCACCUUCCCACCAAACAUGACUUUUUGAAACUAAAAGAAAAAAGAUCAGUUUUUCACAAUCGUUUCACUGCCAGGAUGCUGCUACAUUGUAGAUUUCAAAAUGCUGGAAGUGACACCCAGACAAUGUGGGCCUGGCCACUUAUUUAAAACUGCAAGAUGGCUAAAAAGACACAACAGUGCAAUGGAUGCUUUGAGUGUCUCUUUAAAAGAGCCUACUUGUUAUUGCAUAAAAGCAGGGGUUUGAUAACGGGCCAGGAACCGGCAAAUUGACUGGCUGUGAGGAUGCUUUUUUCCAGCUUGGUUUAACCAUCUAGUGGAAAGUUUUUCUUAUGAAAAAGUUUGGUUUAAAUAGUUUUGCCCACCUAUGAAAACCAGUUGCCCUCCUGCUGAGAAGGUUAAUGAAACCCCUGAUUGAGUAUGAAGCUACUCUCCUGUCUUAAGGUGGCUGAACACAGUUUUUGAUACUCGUGUUUCAUUAACCCUUUUCUCUAAAACCCUUGAUCU